AUGGUGUUCUCAGCUCAUGCUCGUCUCAUACCACUCUUGUGGUGUUUAUUCGGUUUAUUUGCGAAUAAUUCCGUUUUGUUUAUUCAUGCACGAAGAACUCAUGGCGCUGUUGUCCCCAUCUCCUCCCUCACGCCGUCAGCCGACUUCGGCCAGCGGGCAGCGUACGUUUCCGGAUCUUUUCUUUCGACGUCACCUCGACCAAGAAGCGCCUCUUUCAACUUCGGGUCCCCUGAAGAACCCCAGACACCAGAAGAGUCUCAGCCUUUGAGGCGUUCUCGUUCCCUAUCGCUUGGAGCGGAAAGAAAGGCCCCUUCGGGAGUCUGGAGUCGCGAAGGCGAAAUGCAGAACCAGCUGCAGCCCGAACCAGCGCAACAGCAGCAACAGGAGGUGAAUCAGGAACAGAAAAGGAGGCUUGGUCGCAUGGCUCGUCUCCGCAGGGCCAUACGGCGCGCGGGGGGCGCAGCGAAAGAAAGGCUGGUGCGGGCGUGGCAACGCCUACGGCGCGCAGCAGCCCGAGCAAAACGUGCAGUCCGACGGGCAGCCGCAAAUGUGUACCAGAGACUCCCCAGAUUCCGCAGAGGCCGAAGGGCAUCUGAAGGAGCAGAAAGAGCAGCAGCAGCCGGACUGGCGGGGGCUGGACUUGCCGCUGCUGCAACAGGCCUACCUCGCGGUGAGGAAGCCACUGAAGGAGCUGAGGCCGUCGAGAAGGAGGAAGCUCCCGCCCCUGAAGGCACUCCCGUCUCUACUGCAGCAGAAGAAACAGCAGCUCCCCCCUCCGAAGAAGCUGGACCCACUGAGGAAUCGGAAGAGUGGCAUGAAGCACCAACGCCUGAAGAGGCCGAAGCGGCAAGCGAAGAGUGGCAUGAUGCAGUAGGGCCUGAAGAGCUGGGAAGUCUCCUUGCCCGUGCACGUGAUUCAGAAAAAAUGAGAGAGGAAGAGAUAAAACAAGAGGAACAGGAGGCUAGAGAGCAUUCUAUGAAUGCUCGGUGCUAUCAUGUCAUCCGCCGGAUGACGCCUACGAUGAAAAGACUGAACGAACAGUGGAGUGGACACUGCAUGUUUUGGUCUUUGUUCAUGCGAAAUGGAAACUUCGGUACAUUUGUUGACCUUUUGCAAGAACUAGCAGUACAGACGGGGGACGCGAUCCAGAAAGCAGAACAGCUCAAAGGAACAGAGGAGGGUCUUGAGGCACAGAUGCUGCGGACUACUCUUGUAUUGGCACUGGCGGAAGACGAAUUAGCCAGAUUGGAGGAUGAAACCAACGUGAACUGUUGGUUCAUUGACCCCGACAAUUUGUUUAGAAAGGCAAACGAAGAAGAAACGAAAGUUCUGCGUAACUUCAAUCCUCUGACGUUUUUCGCCAACCCCCUUGAUUUUACUCAGCCCCUGUCUAGGCUGAUCAACGUCGUCUACGAAGAUACCCUCACGUGCAUUGAUUCCGCUCAGGCGGAAAGGAACGCGAGACAGGAUUUGCAACAAGUUUUGACAUCCGAAAAACAAAAGCUGGAGGCCGCUGCGAAACAGACCAGCGAGUCACUGUCCGAUCAGCAGAUGAGAGACAUGUUGCAAGCAAUAGAAGAAUUAGACCUUCUGAGGAGGCGCGAGUAUUGUUCUAUGGAGCAAGUGCACCUUCUCUCCGCCCAAGCCCGAAACAUUCGGAACUUUAUUGCCGAUUACAUGGAAAACGGCAAGAAGUGGUGGAAGGCCCAGUGGCCCUUCAAACUUCAGCAGUGCAGAGCUCUCCAGAAGGGAAGUUCCGCCGUUCCCAAAAGUGUAGCGAAGAGCUGCCGGGAUUAUGAAUCGUCAAAACCUCCAAAGAACCCCAAGAGUGUCAGUGCCACCCUCCUCUGGAUGUGGGAAGCAGGUUCAUGCAGAAAGGAAGAGGAAAAAUAG